AUGUGCAACGACUUCUAAUCAGUCAGUGGUGGUGGAUUUGUCUAGAGCACAUUUGGAUGCAAAACAUAAAUAAAAUAACCAAAGAGAGGGACUGACACUACAAAGAGCAGAGAUGCGAUUGGUCAGCGUGGCCGGGGCGCGGCUCCGCAGGGCGGCCGAGGAGGAGGAGCGGGAGCCCCCACCAAUUCAAUCAUCCCCCUCGCACCGCUCCAACCACCAGUUUGCCAGCAUGAAGAGCAAGUUCUUCAAUGAGCUCACGCACCUGCCAAAUCAUAAACUCAAGAUGCCCAUGUGGGCGGUGGGAGCCAUUGUGGUUGUAGUCCUUGCCCUUAUCGCCUGCAUGGGAUUCUGCAUCUACAAGAAGUGCUUCGGUGCCAAGAAGCCCAAGAAGGUCCGAGAGAGGAAGGGAGGACGAGGGCGCAGGAAGAAGGACAAAGAUGGAGAGGCUGGAGAUGAUAAGAAGGAGGGAGAGGAAGGGAAGGAAGAUGAGGAGAAGGAAAGCUUAGGCAAACUGGAGUACUCACUGGACUAUAACUUUACUGAUAACCAGCUGAUAGUUGGCAUCCUCCAGGCUCAGGACCUCCCAGCCAUGGAUAUAGGGGGGACCUCAGAUCCCUAUGUCAAAGUCUACAUGCUGCCGGACAAGAAGAAGAAAUUUGAGACCAAAGUCCAGCGCAAGAACCUCUGUCCGGUCUUCAAUGAGACCUUCACAUUUAAGAUACCCUAUAAUGAGUUGGGUGGUCAGAUUCUGGUGCUGCAGGUGUUUGACUUUGACCGUUUUGGUAAGCAUGACACCAUCGGCGAGAUCAAGAUUCCCAUGAACAGUAUAGACCUUGCACAGCCAAUCCACGAAUGGAAGGAUCUGAGCGGAGGAGAGAAAGAGGAGGAAGAGAAGCUAGGUGAUAUCUGCAUUUCUCUUCGUUACGUCCCUACGGCCGGUAAGCUCACAGUUAACAUCAUGGAAGCCAAGAACUUGAAGAAGAUGGAUGUUGGAGGACUGUCAGAUCCCUUUGUUAAGGUGGUGUUGCAGCACAAUGGGAAGCGAAUAAAGAAGAAGAAGACGUCAGUCAAACAAAACACUCUGAAUCCUUACUUCAAUGAGAGUUUUAGCUUUGAGAUCCCCUUCUCCAUGAUCCAGAAACUCCAGGUGAUAAUUACUGUGUAUGACUAUGACAAGCUUGGCAGCAACGACGCCAUUGGCAAGUUCUGGAUCGGCUACGGCGCCUCAGGUGUCGGGCUGCGCCACUGGUCAGACAUGCUGGCCAAUCCCAGGCGGCCAGUGGCCCAGUGGCACUCGCUGUGCCCAGAGGAGGAGGUGGAUGCUGCUCUGAAGGCCCCCAUCCGCUAAACACACACACACACACACACACACACACACACACACACACACACACACACACACACAUUUUCAUUUGAAACAACUGUAGGUAUUAUGAAAUAACCUGUUGAAAAGUAUUCUUUAAUUUGUUUCUGUUUCACAUCAUCAUUCAUUUUGUAAUAUUUCAUUUUGGGAUCUCUUUAUAUGACUACAUGUGUGCUUUAUAUUGUUUUGACACAAUGCAGCUAAAUGUUUUUGCAUUAGCUCAUGCAUACACUGAAACGCUGCACAUUUACGGUCACCGACUUACUUGGCAAACAACACACCUAUUUAAAUAUUAAAGGGGUUCUCCGGAAAUUUAGUAUUGAAUUUCCAUAAAAUUGGGAGACUCAGAAGACUGUUAAUAAACAGAAUAUUACUACAGCUUUCAGUACUGUUAACGCACGGAGCAGACAUGCUUUUGGGGCUGGUGAGGUUCUCCCGACUUUCCGAUUUGAAAAGUCUUUAUGCGUCUUUAUCAAUGCCCCCAUUUCUUGACACAUGCUUUCUGUUAAACGAUGCGCAUCAUCAGGGUUAUUUUUGUGAGAUGUUCAAAAGCUUCUCCACAGUGAAAGAAAACAUAUAACUGUUUUCAGAGGCUAAGUGUUCUCCCUAUGAUGAGUACAGUGAAUUUUAUGUCUAAAAAUGGGAAAGUCCCCCUUUAAUAUGUAUUUCCUUAACACCUGUAGCUUGCUAUGAAAGAAAUACUCUAUAAAAUACUCACCAAAAAUCCAUCCUUUCUGUUAGAGUAGCUCUCAACCGCUGUUGCAGAGCUGAAGUGUGUUUCUUCUUUAUUUCCUCUUUCCUUAUGACUUCCUCCUGUUUACCCUGAUAACUCUCAUAUCUUCCAAACUGUCGAAACUUGAUUUUUCCUUGUGAAAUGUUUUGCAUUUAGUUACAUGUUUUUACUGAUUAUUGUUCUGUUUCUCUUUGUGUCUCUUUCUGUGCUUGUGUUUGAAUGAGUGGAGAUCUUGUGUGUUUGGUGAGUGUGCACAUUGAUAUUUAUGCGCGUGUGUGUGUGUGUGUGUGUGUGUGUGUGUGUGUGUGUUGUUAAUCAUUAAAAAUGGAAAGCUGUUUGUGGUUUCUAUUUCGAUAUUUGCAAUGUGAUUGUAAAUAAA